CGCGGCGCACACGGAGGAGGCACGGCCCCAGGUGUGCCGGCCCGCCAGGUGAGGCAGACCUCCACGUGAGCCCGCCCGCCAGGUAAAGCCCCGGUACCAGGUGAGCCAGACCCUUUCGUCGGAGGCGCCUCGGCUCGAGCAUGGGGAGACAGCCCCGGCAGGUUCUGCUCCCCGUGGGUCUCCGGCUCAUUCUGGCCUCUUCCCUGCUCGCCGUGGUCACCCCUGCGACUCCUGCCACCGCUGCUGACACUGAGGCGAGCAUAAACGGCUCGUCUUGGUUCCAGGGGUGCCGGCUCGCCCCUAAUUCGUCGUCGGCGGGUACUGGCGACCUGCAGUGGCUUGGGGCAGUUGACCUCGGUGGAGGAGGAGGCGUCGGUGGGGUGUCAGGUUGCUGUCAGCUCUGCCUGCAGCUCAGGUGCCGGUUUGCUGGGAUCUUCUCGGGCUCGGAGUGUGCGUGCCUGAAUGAGACGACGUCGCUCCCUCCUGCCAAUGACACCGCCUGCUCACAAAGCUGCGAUGGAGCCACAUGCCUCCCAGUGGGAGGAGGGGACGACACGCUGGCCGUGUACGAGACGAGCGGACCCUACAUCCUGGGCCUGCGCGUGUCUCUGCUCUACCGCUCCAUCCCUGCAGGGCGCCACUUCCUGCUGGAGGCAAUGGGCAGCUUGGCGGCACCCAGCACCAACCACAGCACGGGCCUGGCUCUGCUGCCAUGGCUGAGCCUCACGCUGGUGGAGGUGGAAGUGGCGUGGGGGAACGGUCAGGUGGAGGUCACCACACUCCACUGCCUCCAGUCCGGCGAGUUCAGCCGGGGCCCAGCCUACGUUUACGAGCAGCCUGGAAAUUACACCAUUGUCGUCUCGGCGCGCAAUUCCAUCUCCAGCGCGGCGGCGAGCGUCUCGCUGGUCGUGGCGCUGCCCUCCCCCACCGGCCUGAACGUGGACGUCGCCUACGGCUCCUCGUCGCGCCCCACCUGCGUGCCCCGCGCUCGCGCCACCCCGGCCGAUCCGGUGCCCACCUCCUCCCCGGCGGGAACUCUGUUGCCCGUCUUCCUCGGGGAGCCCUACCGCCUGGAAGCGUUCGUUGUGACCGGGCGCAACAUCACCUUCCGGUGGAGGUUUGCGGGAGAGGGCGGCGCGGACGCGGUAUCGCGAGCUCCGGACGACUGCGACGAGUACAACGGGACGCUGUGCUCCAGAGACUCGCAGAUCCACACAUUCGCAGAAGAAGGUGCCUUCACUGUCGAAGUUAUCGCGUCAAACAUUCACGGCGCAGUUUCAAAGAGCAUUGAGGUGGUCGUGGUGCCGAAGCUCCUCGCUAAUUUCACGCUGCGGGUGGCCGGCGGGCCCACGUGGGACACGCGCACACCGGUGGAGUUCUCCACAUCCGUGGUGACCACGUGUCGGCACGAGCUGGAGCUGCUCGCCUUCCUGGAGCCCGGCAUUGUCCACCGCCACGCGCUGCGUGACAGCUACAGCGCCUUCAUCGGCGGCCUGGGCCACGUGAAUUUGGCGCAGAGCUACGGGGAGGACGACUGCGAGCUGCGGCUGACGCUACGGCACCGCUACGCCGUCGCCGGCACCUACCACGUGUUCAUCACGCUCGCCGCAGGGAACCUGUCGGUGGAGGCCGCCCUGCCCGAGCCCGUCAGGGUUUAUGACCUCGUGAAUAAGUUCGACAUCGACGGCCCCGCCGUCCUAUCCACCUCGGAAGGCGCUCAAAUAUACGCCAUGCGGAAUUUCUCGGACGGGAUCGAGCCAACGGCUCACCCUGAGAACUUCACUGAAUGCGAGUAUCUCUGGGAGGUCACCACUCCUCACGGCGAGCUGGUGCUGGAAAACACGACACAGCUGCUGUACGACUUUGAGGAGGUUGGGAAGUAUUUGAUCAACGCGAGUUUCACAAACGCCGUGAGCAGAGCCAGCGACUUUUUGGAAGUCACGGUGCAGGAGCCGGUGUCCGAGCUUACGCUUCACUCGCCCAGCCCACACGUUAUAGCCACGGGGACCACGGUGACGGCCAACGCCACGCUGGCCACGGGCACGAACGUCGACUUCCUGUGGACGUUCGACAGCGGCGAGGCGCCCAUGUCCACGGGAGGGAACGCGUUCGCCGAGCACGUGUACACGCAGAGCGGGGUGUACGGCCUGGGCGUCGCCGCACGCAACGCCGUCGGCUUCGAACUUGCCACCUUGCCGGCUCGCUUCACCGUGCAGCGGCCCGUGGAGGGCGUGGCGGUGUCCGUCCCCUCCACCGUGACUGCGGGCGUCCCCACGGACUUCGCCGUCACUCUGACCGAGGCCACCGACCUCACGCUCACCGUGUCGGUGGACUCCGAGCUGAUUCUCAGUGUGGUCGUGGACGAGCAGUGGCAGCAGCAGCAGCAGGAGGAGGAUGGCGUUCCGGGCCUGGUGACCCUCGACCUCUCCUGGGUGUUCAAUGGCACUGGGCAGCACCAGCUGCGUGCGGACGUCAGCAACAAUGUGUCGCACGUGAGCCAAUCGGCAAGUGUGACGGUGGUGCCCGAGCUGACCGUGGCAGCGAUUAAUGCCUCUCAGCCAGCAGUGGUGGGGCAACAGCUGCUGCUUUUGGCGACUGUUAAUGGCCAGGUGUGGAGGGCCAGGGAGUACGUUUACUCCUGGACUCUGCCCACCUCCUUGGAGGCGCCGCUCGGCGAGACGGCCGCCCCCCCAUCCCGCCCCCCUGGCAUGGUGGCCCCCGGCCGUGAGCUCGUGUCUGGCAGCCCCCUCUUGGGCGUGAUGUGCCUGCGAGCGGGGCCCGCGCUGGUCGCGGUCUCCGUGUCCAAUGGGGCGGCCGCCGUCACCGGGCAGCUCUUGCUGAACGUCAGCGAAGGAGGAGCAGGAGGAGGAGGGCCGAUGCCGGGACCCAGGCUGCUCCACGCCACGUACUGGGAGGUCGGGCGGCAACUCGAUUUCACGCUCGUGAACAUCCUUUCAUCAGCAGUUUACAACAUAAGCUUUGGAGACAAGCAAUAUCUACUCAUAAAUACCACGUCGUUCCUCAACCACAGCUUCGCGCAUGAGUACGCCCGGCCCGGCCUCUGCGCCGUGGAGGCCUGGUCCCAGGGGGCCGUGCGGGCGCGCUCGCUCGUGCAGCUGCUGCUGCCCCUGCAGGGGCUGCGCGUCUCCGGCGCCGAUCGCGUGGUGGCACUGCCCUCCAGCGGUCUGUCCGUGCCGGUGAGCCUCAGCGCCGAGCUGGCCAAUGGCUCCAAUGCCGUCUACCGCUGGGAGGUCUAUGGCCCCAACGCCAGCGAGGCGAGGACAGGCAGCAGCAAGUUCCAGCUCGAAGUGAACGCCACGGGGACGUACGAGGUGCGGCUCACGGCCACGAACGAACUCGGCUCCGCGGGCGCCGGCGCCUGGCUCAGGGCAGAACGCCCCUUCACUGCCCUGGCGCUGUCGCUCCUGCACCUCGACGACUCCGCGUCCGCCCGCUUCUCCCUCGCCGUGGCGCCCGCGCAGGAGUUCACCCUGCUGCUCGAUUUUGGCGACGGCGUCCGGGAGGAGCUGUCGUCCGGCCAGCUGGGGUCCGCGUUGGCGUGGGUGGCCGAGUGUCCCGGCGACGACCUGUUCGCCGAGCGGUGGGGCUGCUACAAUUUCACCGUCGCCCACCGGUACGACGCGGCCGGGCGCUUCGAAGUGAACGCGACGUUGAGGAACGACGUGAGCUCGCGGAGCGCGAGCCUGCUCGCGUCACUGCCCGGCAGCGCCUGGCACCUGCGCCUGGUGCUCAACUCGGCUUACUCGGUGCCGCUGUGGGGCGUGAUUAACGCCACCGCCUCGGUGGAAUCCGCCGCCGGCGGAGUGGACUUCACGUGGCGUGUCGAGACGCUGUGGCACGUGCCCCUCGACUGCUCCAUCGAAGCCAGCGAUGGCUUUCAUAGCACCGUGGUCUGCCCAGCGGUUGAGAUCAACGACUACGCCGUGAGUGUGACGGCUGAGAGCACCCUGCUCGACAAGUCGGCGAGCGCCAGCCUGGAUCGUCCCGUGCGCGUGCUGUCACCAAUCACGAAUGUGGAGCUGUUAUAUCCGUUCAACAAGUCCCUGAAUCGAUAUGUGAAUUUUGCGACGCUGAAUGAACACCUGAAUGGUUCGUGGCAAACGGAGUUGCAGGUGUUUGAGGCGCGGGCAAACCCCGUCUCCCUGCUGAGCUUUCUCUUCACCCUUGGAAACACCUCCCAGCUCGUGGAGGCCUUGAUGGGCUUCGAGCCUUAUUAUUCUGCCACGUGGCAGCACACAUUCACCGAAGAGGGAGCGUACAACGUGACGGUGACGGCGUUGAGCGAGCUGGAGAGCGUCACCAGCAUGGCGGGUCCCUUCUACGUGCAGCGGGCGCCAGUGGGGCUCAGCAUCGACACGCCGCCCAGUGCGGUGCCGCACGGAGAGCCCGUCAGCUGCUCGGCGCGGCUGCGCUUCGGUUCAGAGCCACUCUACAACUGGUCCAUGGGAGACGAGACCAACUACCUGGCCGCCGGUCCACAGGUGCAGCACACGUACGCGUCCACCGGCCUCUACAACGUGACCGUGGUGGCCUAUAACCUCGUGGGCUCACUCAACGCCACGGCGCAACUCUCCGUGCAGAACGUCAUGCACGCUGUUAUGAUCGAGACGACCUCCAAGUAUUUUGCCGUGAAAAGCACCGUGGGCUUCUCCGUCAUUCCGGCCGACACCGUGUCCGUCACGUUCGAGUGGCACUUUGGGGACGGCACGGACCCUGUCACCGUACGGCUCCCUUACGCUACUUACAGCUACGAGUACGCCCGCACGUACAACGUGUCGGUGCGCGCCUGCAACGGCAUCAGCUGCACGGUGUCCAACGUGCUGUCGCUGGAGGUGCAGCAGCCCGUGGCGAUCAACAGCCUCAUGGUGAACGGGACCAAGAGGGUGCCGGGGCUGCUGCUGGGUAGGCCCGUGACGUUCCAGAUCUUCAUGAACUCCAACUCUGCGCUGCGCUACAACUGGAGCUUCGGGGAUGGCGACGUGCGGACAGGAAACGGCUCGGAAGUGCACACCUACCAGAGGCAGGGGGAGUUUGAGGUGGAGGUGACGGUGUGGAACGACGUCUCGUCGGGUCAGCUGCAGAAGACGGUGUUUGUGGUGCUGGAGCCGUGCUCCCCGCCGCUCGUCAAGCUGCACGUCUCGCUGCCCAUCAAGAUAGUCCGCCGGCGACCACUGGCGCUGGCUGUGAGUCUGGAGGACGAGAAAGUCGACUGCGUCACCUCCCGGGUGCUGCUUUUCAACUGGACCGUCGUUGACAAGGACGGCUCUGUGCUGGCGCUGCCGCCAUCUGUGGCCACCAACAACCGGGGGCUUGUCAUUCCGGCGAACACCCUGAGCUACGGGAACUAUACCGUAGCCACCAAGGUGCGGAUCGCGGGCACGAUUGUGUACGCGGUGUACGCGGUGAGCGUCGUGGUGGAGCCCUCGCCGCUCGUGAGCAUCAUCUCCGGCGGCACGAGGGUGUUCCUCACUCGGCAGCAACACGUGCUGCUGGACGGGUCGCGCUCCCUCGACCCCGACGACCCGGAAGCCUCGACCGACCUCAGGUUCAGCUGGGGCUGCUACCUGAAGGGGAAGCCGCGCACCUCGUGCUGGGACGUGACCUCCCUGGGCGGCGGCCUCAGCCCCCUCGAGUCGAGCGCCGUGCGCCUCGAGUUCCCCGCCGCGCUGCUGGUGCAGACGGACGCCUUCGUCAUCUCGCUCACCGUCGGCAAGCCCGGACGGGACGCCGUUACCACCAAGCAGUUCGUCACCAUCUACCAAGAAGCCCCCCUCCGGGUGGCGUUGUGGUGCCCGGUGUGUGAGAGCGGCGUGGUUCGGUGGGACCAGGAGCUCACCGUGCACGCCUCUUGCCCUGGUUGCAGCCUCUCGGCCAACAUCUCCUACGCGUGGGCCCUCAAGCCCGUCCUCUCACAACUGCCGACAAUCAAUCACAAAAAUUUCUGCAUCCUGAGGGACGGGCAAUCCAGCAGCCUAUUUGGGCCUACCACAUCGGCACCUCCCACAGACACCAUGUCACCAAUUCCCACAUCCUCAUCUGUGGCCAAUGACACCUACGCUGCAUCCUCCAUCACCGUGCUCUCCUCCAGAGCCACAACCUCCUCCACCUCAUCCUCCACCGCCUCCUCCACAGCCUCCUCCAUUCGUUCAACGUCCACCACUUCCUCCACCUCCUCACAGGCCACAGCUCCCGGCGCGACACAAGCAAACAAGACGGCACCCGCCGUGGCCAUUCCCACGAGCUCUCGUGCCUCCACGCAGGCCGCCAACCCGCCGGCAUGUGAAGCCUCUGUCUCCAGCACGGCCACGCCCACUGAGACGUCGUCGCAGGAUACGUUUCCCCCACUAGAUCCGGGGAACGUGGAGGAGGGCGAGGCGCCAGAGGGCAGGCCGUCCUUGAAUCGCAAGAGGAGAGCUGCCACCUCCGGGGAUUCCGCAGGUCGCCCUGCCAACUGCUCAAACUCGACGGCGACAAACGCGACGGCCGCACCUCCCACGAUGACUCCUCCUGUGACCAGCGAGUGGCUCCCAAUGUUGCCUCCAGGUCUCGAAGAGGGGGCUAACGUUUUCCAAAGACCUCAGCGUAUGGUGACGAGCAACGUGAGCAGCGAGGCUCCGAGCAACGUGAGCAGCGAGGAUCCGGGCCCAUCCACCACCCGGAGCGCGCCGUCCACGGCGAGCAAAUCCACUCCCCAGGCCGGCUCGUCGGGUAGCAUUGUCGAUUCGGGCGGGAUCUCCAGUAACAUCUCCGAGGGCACCGUGAACUCCGGAAGAGGCUCCGGCUCUGGCUCCGUGACGGUGCCGCCCAACAUUGCCACAAAUACCACAAAACCAGGAGACGAAGUGAUCCAGGAAGAGCCAAAGGUCGAAGUUGUCAAAGAGUCGAUAGACUACGUUCUGGAGAUCAACCUUCUGAGAGAAGACAUGACGUCUACCGGCUUGAGUGGGGACACCCUGACCCUGCGGCCCAACAUGCUGACGGACAACCAGACCUACGCCGUCGUGCUGACCGUCACCAGCACGUUGGGCACGGCGGUAGAGAAAGGGUACGUACAUCUUCUGUUCACGGCUGCCCUCUCUCCGAACCCGGAGGUCUACUGUACCAUCAGCCCCAACGAUGGUGUGGAAUUGCUCACCGUAUUCAGCAUCUUCUGCAGCAGCUCCAACGCCAAGCACCAGCCCCUGGAGUACGAGUACAGCUACAGCACCAGCGGAAGCUCUGUGCAGCCCACCCUGCUCUACCAGGGGCUCGACAACGAGCGCAUCUUCAUCCUCCCAGCGGGCCGCGUGCAAGAUGCCAACAUGGUGAACGUCUCCAUCUUGGCGAGGAACAGCCUGGGCGUCCCGACGGAGCUCUGCUCGCAACGCGUCAAAGUCGAUAACCUGUCGGCACCCAACGGCACGACCCUUGACCAGUACAUCCACACGGCGCUGGUGACGCCCGGCGCGAAGCUGACGGAGGUGCUCGGGCUGGGAGAUGCCCGCCUGACCCGCAUCUUCCUGGGCAUCGUGGCCUCCGUCCUCAACCGACUCGUCAGCACCGACAAUGCCAGCAAGACGCGGCAGAUGGAAAUUCGGGAGAGGCUCAUCCAGACCUUGUGCAACCUGCGUAUAGCCACACAGGAAGAGUUGCGAGACACAGCAACGAGGCUAGCGGAGCUCACGAGCACGCUCCCGCAGCUGGGCAACAACACCUUGUGGAUGCUGAGCGAGCUGGCGUGGCUGGUCGCCGCGGAUGACGACGCCGCCCCGACCCCCGACUGGGUCUCGGUGACGCAGCUGCUGAGCGCCGUGGGCCGCAGCCUGUGGGUUGUGUCGGCGCGAGAGGAUCCCUCCACCCCGCGGCUGCUUCCGCGCGCCGUCGCCUCCAUCACCCGCCUCCUGCAGAGGUACAUGGCGCUCGCGAGCGAGGCGGAGGCGAGCGUGGAGCUGGAGGGUCUGGCCGUGCGCGUGGAGCGCCUCGACUCCGUGGGGGGAGUGGUUGCCCGGGUCCCCGUGAGCGGGGGAGCCGUCUUUUACCUUCCGCGGGAUCUCGACGGGCAGAUCACGCGCCAGCCCAACGGCAGCAUCUACACCCGCACCGUGCACUUCAAUGCAAACCCGUACUUCUGGGGCAGCCGCUAUCUCGAGGUCCUAGGGACAGUGGCCGACCUGACGCUGUACACUCACAAGGGACUAAGCAUCAAGGUGUCGAAACUCUCCACGCCCAUCACCAUCGAGCUGCCCCUGCCGUCCCUGCAGAGCGAGGCGGCUUGGUUCUCGCUGGCGCGCCCGACGAUGAACGUGCACGCGUUCAACGUGAGCGCCGGGGAGGUGCGCGGAACGCUGCAGAUCACCUGCACCUUCCAGCGGCCGAGCCAGCGGCCCUUCCCCAUCACAGUGCUCAUGAGGCCCCGGGCCGAACCGGCGCCGGACAACUUCACGUACAGACAGAGCUACGAGUGGCAGAGCGACAGCGUGCGCCUCCUCCUGUCUCCCGCCAAACUCAGCUACAAAGGCGUCUACUACCUCGCUCUGCUCGACUCCACGUUCGACCGCGUGCCACCACGCCGCCACCUCGCACCGUCUGUCAACUACUCGCUGAGCGUGGAUUGGCUCGAGUGUCUCUACUGGGAUGGAGAAGGAAGCUGGAGGCCCGAUGGAUGUGAGACUGUUACCGCCUUGCAGUCCAACAGGAUCAACUGCAGCUGCGAUCACCUGACCACGUUCACCGCCGUCGCGUCCCGGGUCGCCAGCUCCCCGUCACAAACGCCAGUACUUAGCUUCAUCAGGCCCCUGGAGAACUUGUUCCCGUGCGCCGUGGUGCUGCUGGUGCUCGCCCUGGCGGUUCCGGGGUUCGUGCUGUGCCGCCGCUGGGACCGGCACGACGAGCGCAAGGCCGGGGCCAUCCCGCUGCAGGACAACCUCCCGAGCGACCAGCAGCUCUACGAGGUCACGCUGGAGACCGGGUUCCGUGCCGGGGCCGGCACCACCGCCAAGGCGAACGUGAUCCUUCACGGAGAGCACGGGACGUCGGAGACUCGCGAGCUCCACUGUGAAGACAAGCCGCUCUUCGAGAGGAACUCCACUCACACCUUCAUCAUGAGUGUCCCCGACAGUCUGGGCCCCAUCUGGAAGCUGCACCUGUGGCACAACAACCGCGGCGCGUCCCCCAGCUGGUUCGUGAGCCGCGUGACGGUGCGCGACCUGUGGAGCGGCUCGGCCUGGCUCUUCCCGGCUGAGUGCUGGCUGGCGGCGGAGCGCGGCGACGGCAGGGUCGAGCGGGAGCUGCUGGCGCUCAGUGGCGCUCUGCGCUUCACCGCGCUGCUGUACAGCAAGGUCACCGCCUACCUCGAGGACUUCCACUUGUGGGCGUCAGUGUACAGCCGCCCCUCCUGCAGCCGCUUCACGCACACGCAGCGCCUCUCCGUGUGCCUCUGCCUGCUGCUCGCGUACGCCGGGGCCAACGCGCUGGUGGUCGCCCUCAGGGAGGACAAACACGCGGUGGAGCUGGGUCGCGUGGAGGUGUCGCUCGAGUCGCUCGUGGUCGGCCUGCUCUGCUCCGCCGUGGUGCUCCCGCUCGCUGGGCUCGUUUCCCUUCUCUUCCGCUGGAGCCAGGUUGACAGGGGCUGCGCUCACUCCAUCCUGGAGCAGUACAAGCUCAAGCAGCUGCAGGAGACGCACGCCGCCAGGGGCAGUCCGAGCCUAACGGCUGGAGACAGCGGCGCCGAUUCCUACUUGUCGUGGCAGAGCCUGCAGCAGUGGGCGCAGGAGGCGUGGAGGAAGAAGCACGAGUCUUCCGUGGAGGACGGGCUCAGCGAGUUCGGGGACUCGGACCUCGCGAGCGUGACCGGCGCCAAGAGGCCGAGCCCCGUGCCCGCCGCCACGGAACGGGCGGCCAGGCACCUCCAAGAAACGGUCGGGGCUCCCGAGCAGAGGCCCGCCGGGGUGCGGCAGAGCCGGGGUCUUCCCGGCAAUGGGAGCCAAGGGCAGGGCGCGGAGCCGGUGCUAGGGAGCGCCGCCCCGCGCUGCCCCUCGGAGGGAGACUCGAGCGGCUUUGAGGACGGCAGCUCCCAGGAGCAGGGGAAGCCCUCGGGGGGGAGGCGGACGUGCCCCGGGGAGAGCUCCUCGGACUUGCACUCUGACUUCUCCGAUGGCAGCAGCCUGUACGGGCGAGGUCGCGGCGUCGGGGCCCGGGUGCGGCUGCCGUCGCGCUGCUGUUACCUCGCCUGGAUGCUCUGCAUCCUGCUCGGCCUGGCCUCGGCCGCUGCCACCGCCGUCCUGGGGUUCAGGUUCAGCCGCUCCAAGUGCAUGGCAUGGACGCACUCGUUCUUCUUUUCCCUCGUCGUCUGCUUCUUCAUCAUUCAGCCGGCGGUAUUGGUGUUGGCGGCGCUUGCCGUGACGGUAUGGUGGCGGAGAGACGCCCAGUGCCUGCAGGCUCAGUGCCUGGACGCCACCUGUCCCGUCGACACCUGGAGGACCAAGCUCAUGGGCCGUGCUGCUUCUCACUCACACGGCAACCCGCAGGACUUCACGGACAUCUCCAAGAGCCUGGCGGCCCGACGGCGCGCACGCCACCUCCGCCUGGCGCGGCCCCCGAGCCGCGAGCAGCUCAAGCGGUGCCGCGAGCGCCUGCGCCUGCGCCGCCUCGUGGUGCGCUCGCUCCGGAGCUGCUGCCUCUAUGUCCUCAUGCUCUCGCUCCUGGCCUUCGCGACGUUUGCCGAGUUCUCCACCGACGAGUUCUACCUGCAGCGAGCCAUCCGCGGUCACUUCAACAGGAGUGCGGAGACCUCGUUCCUGGGCGUGCGCACGGCUGACGAGUGGUGGCACUGGAGCGAGGCGGCCAUGGUGGACUCGCUGUAUGCGGCGGGAAGCACAAACGGCGGCGAGGCGCCACCGCCCACGGGGAGCCGGGAGGUGGGGCCGCUGCAGGGGAACUAUCACCUCGUAGGCCAGCCCUCGGUGAGGCGCCGGGACAUCGACGGCCCGAGCUGCACGGGCUGUGCGGAGCUGUCGCCAACCGCAGCCAUCAGCCUCGGCAGCACUCAGGCUGAGGCGUUGGGGGUGCUGAGCGGGCUGCGGGCGGCCGGCUGGCUGGACCAGGCCUCUCGGGCCUCUGUCCUGGUGGAGUUGGCACUCUACAGCCCGCCAUCCCAGCUGUUCGUCAGCGUGGCGCUGCUAGCGCGCGUGCCCUCUUUGCCGGGGGAACGGCCUAGCAUCGGCGUACAGUCUGCUCGCCUCUACAAGCUCGGCACACCGCUCAACUAUGCCACCAUGAUCUGCGAGUUGCUGUUCCUGGUACUCAUCCUGUUCCAGCUGUACCUGCAGCUGUGCCGCCUGAGUGACCGUGGGCUCGUGGCUCACUGCUCCGAGCCAUGGAACUGGCUGGAGGCCGGCAUGGUGGUGGUGGCGCUCGCCCACUUUGCGGUUUAUGUGAACCGCUUCGUGGUGGCAAUGACGCUGAUCGAGUACCUGGAGGUGACCUUCCUGGAGGCAACGCUGGACGUGGGCCCUCUGGCCGCGUGGGAUCAGACGUCUCGCUGGCUCUCGGCGGUGGUGCUCUUUCUGCUGCUGGUGCGGACGCUGCACGCGCUGCGCUGCUUGGGCCCCAUGGCCGUGUGUCUGUCACCCCUGAACUUCGGGCGCACACACCUCCCCCCGCUCGUGCUGUGCCUGGCACUGCUGCUACUGGCCUUCUCCAGCCUGGGCUACGUGUGCUUCGGGAGGUUGACACGCGCCUACGUGGAUCUGCUGUCGGCCUGGGAAACACUUCUGCUGACCCCGCUGGGCGCCAGCGGCACGCGCCACGUCUCGGCCCUCUCCCGCUCCGAGGGAGCCGCUGCGUUCUACGUCACCUUCCUCCUCGCCGGAGGUCUCCUCUGGAUCGCCGUUCUCUACAGCGUCCUGCGAGGCGUCAUGCGGCGGGCUCGCCGCGCAGCCCUGCGGAGGAGGCACGUGGUGUGGCCACGCGACGUGGCCGGGUUCUUGCUGCGCGAGCUCGCCGUGCUGCUGGGCCGAAGGGUUCCAUCGCAGGAUCUCGAGCCGCCCGUUCCGCCGGGUCUCAUGCUGGAGGAGUUUGAGGGCCAGGUGGACGAGCUGCUGUUCCGCAUGAACGCGCUCACAAACAGCCUCCACCACUCGCUGCAGCCGAAGCCUCCCAACUACCUGGACGAGGACAACGCCUACAACUCGGCCUCCGAGGGCUCCUGCGCUCACGGCUCUCAGCUGGCGGCGCUGGAUCUGGAGCGGGAGCUGGAGCAGGGCCUGGAGCGCGACUGUCCGCAGCUGGGGGAUCUGCUGCAGCAGUGGCGUCACGGCGAGAGGGACGCCGACUUCCUGCACAAGGAGCACGUUCUCAGGGCUCAGCUCGAGCUGGAGAUCAUCGAGAGGCUGCAGCUGUGUGAGGAGAGCGCGCUAGGCGAGGAGCCUAUGGGCCACGCGGACAGCCCCUGCUCCAGCGAUCACCUCGAGCUCACGCAGAGCAUUUCCCGAGACCUUCACGGUGGCAGCACCUCCAGUGUCGCACACUCUGACACCAGUCAGGCGCGGCACCCUCUCCAUUCUCCGGAGGUCAGCCCGGCUGUGUCAAAUCUCUCUGCGGAGGACUCACAGUGGAGUCGACUCGAAGGACAAAGUCAUGCAGAGCCGGCAGCGGCAGGCUCAAAACAAAAACACGGGAUCUCUGCCCAAAAUGGUGCCGUUGCAACGACGGGUGCUAAAGUGGCUGCUUCGCCUCUGCUCCCUGGUGGGAGACUUGGUGAGAAGACCGCAUCGUCAAGAUCUCCAGAAGCCCCGGCAAAGGAGCGUCAGCGGAGGCCCGUCGCGGCUCACCAGAACAAGCCGCGCAGGUUGAAGAGGUCUCACGCCACACUCAUUCCUACCUUCGACGAUCCCUCGUUCCUGGAGGAUUGUGUGGACUUCCUUAGCGAUCCCGCAGAGGAGCAGGCUCCCGGCGGUGGGUUGCUGUUGGUCGCCCCACAAAACGUCAGCUCCGUGGACGUGAUGGUUCACUCGCACGCGUCCCAAGCGGAGUCCGUCAGCGACUGUUUCUCCGGGGAAGACCCCAGAAACUUGGCGCGCGACCAGGAGCACCAGCCUCCCCCGCCGGCGGCGUAUGUUGGCAAAGCUCCUCAUCAACCCGGUGGCGACCACCCUGCAGCGAGCUCUCCAGCCCAGAAACUGAGCAAAGUGAAGAAGAAAAAGAAGAAAGCGAAAAAGGAACUGGAAGCGAUGAUCAGGGACUUGGCGUGCGAGCCGCCGGCGACCGUCGGAGAGAGCGACGUGACCCCCGCUGAGAGCGAGGCACCCGGCGUGCUCAAGCGGUGCUGGUGACUUGCGGCCACAGCUGGACAAAGAGCUGCGCCUUCUGGGUUCCAUAUUUAUUUAUAUUUAUUUCAGACUCAUUCUCUUAAAUAAGGCUACAUCUGCAUUUUCACCGAUGGUUAUGUUUGAAGUAAAUAGGAUCGUUUAAACCUGUGCUUUUUACGCGGCAAGCAAAGGGGGCGAUCAAAACAUUGUGAGAGUGAGAUGGUGGCAAAACGACGAUUCGCGUCGUGCCGUAGCACAGCGAGCCACUCCGAGGACACCAGAUCCACCGCAGGGCUUUAGCAAAGUGGGUGGACCCCUCCCGUACUCCGCCUGCCCAGUGUCUGUAUCUUAUAUCCCAUUGCCAACGAAUAUGUUAAUGAGCGAGGCUUAUUUGAAAAGCUUAACAAAUACAUUUGAAAAUUACCAUGAUUUGAAUAUUCUUGUCAAGAUUUUUUUUUAUUUACAUUUCUCGCGCAUAUGUGUGUGGUUUGAAUGUGUGUUGUUUGGGCACCACGGUGGUGAGAUGUUAACUCCCGCGCCUGGUAUACAGAAGGUCAUGGAUUCGAUCCCGAUCCCGACCCUGACGCCUGUAUAUUUGAAGUUUGCAUGUUCUCCCCGUGGUCGCGUGGUCCACUGCUUUUUUCCCUCCACUAUUAGAAACAUGCGUUUAGAGUAUUUGGCUGCUGUAAAUUUCCAUGUAAUAAGCCUCUCUGUUGAGCUUCCAAUUGUGGCCAGGUCGCUUCUAAAAAAUAACUAUUUCGUGACUGUAGGAAUCCAUACUCUUUGGUUUUUUCGGUAAAGUCACAUAGGUAUAAAAAAUCUUUUAAUUUUAUACCUACGUGACUUUACCGAAAGAAUCAAGGAGUAUAGUUAGUAUAUUUAGUUAGUUCGAAUGACCACGGACAAAAUGACAAUUGCUGCUGCGUGUCGUGUUGCACCAGGCUGGAGUGCGGUGGAGUUGAACACACAAACUCACCGACGGUGCCUUCUUGGUAAUCUAGGAUUGAAGCUUUCGUGACUGCAGAUGAGUAUGAUGCCUCCUUGGCUUUAGCAGUUACGCACUCAGUAAGAUGCACACUUAAUGUUUCAUGGACAAUGCAUUCCACGCGCGGUAAGACGAACGUCGCAGCGUGCAGCGCGCGUCGCUUCGGCAAGUUGUGUCAUGAUCGCGCAGACAACUGUGUCGUCUUGCGGAUGCGAGUAGCAAAGGUGGGAAUAUCUCCAGCGACUUAAAAUCGCUCGGCCCCAGUGAGAAACUCCAGCGUGAGCAGUGACUGGCAGUAGCUGUAAUUGUUCACAAUUACCGACCGCAAGCGUUCGUUGACCCUGUGAGCGUGAUUUUCAGACACGGUAGUUGGUUUUGGCUAAAAUGUUUUCGCAGUAAAAAUAAAGAUUUUCUUUACCAUU